AUGAAAUGGAACAAAAAUAAAAAAUGUGAGUACUAGUAUUUUCGAUGCAGUAUCGUACGGACUUCAAGAAGCUAAUAUAGUAACCGAGCGAGUUUAUUGAAACCGCCUCUUUAAUUGUGUUCACCUACCCACCAUCGGAGCUGUUGAUUACGCCGGAAAAUGUCGUUUUCCACCUUGAAACCAAUUGCCUGCCGGAUCCCUCCGGCCGCCGGCCCAAAUGAGUCGCUCUCCAAAGUGUCUAAAGUCGCAAUGAUGAAUACACAAGCUCAACCUCCUCUUCAGGCGAAAGGAAAGGAACUAUUGCAGGGAAGCUUAUCUGCUACAUCUAGACGAGAAAUGAUGCAGUUAACAGCUGCGUCUGUAGGUCUUCUCUCUCUUGUGCUGCCAGCAUCUGCUGAAGCGGGCACUAGAAAUGCGACAAUGAGACAGAAGAUUCUGGAGAAAUUAGAAGAGCUGAGGCGAAUGGCUGGUAUGUCAAAGCCAAAGGAUGAAGGUGAAGAAAAGAAACCAAAAGAUGAGACAGAAGGCAAGUCAAAGGUACAAAGCGACACAAAAGAAGCAAAGCCAACAGAAAAAGAUGAGAGCGAAGCCAAACCAAAGGUACAACACGGUGGCAAGGAAACGAAGGCGGAGGCAAAAGAUGAAAAAGAGCAACCAAGCACAACUCAAGAGUCCAAAGUAGCUCCAAGUGAAGGGCCAGUGAUUCCAGCACUUCCAGGUAUCAUAAAUGGUAAAUCUAUUGAAACCACUUUCCCAUGACCUAAUCCUGCCAUUUCAGAAAACCUAGAUUUACCAUUCUGGUAUUCGCAUUGUCUGUAUCAUGACAUUUUGGUUCACCAAUGGAUUGCCAAUAACGACAUUCUGUUACGACAUUAUUUGUUUUGCUUCGUCUUCUUGUUCUGUUCAGGAUCUUUAAUUACUGGUCGUAAUAUAAAAAUAUGAAAUAUUAUUUA